CAUACUUUGCUUCCAAAACAGCUAAGCAACCUGGGAGCCAGAGUGAGGAGCCCAAAAGAUCCCACAGAGCCUAGUUUGGGAGAGAAUCCACUGGCUAACUCAUUGACCCUCCUUUUUGUGUCCACAGCCUCCAUCUCGUUUUCCACCUCUUUUGGGAUGUGAAACUGGCUUCUCCUUUCUCUCAUCCCGCCGGGGCCUUGGAGAAGGAUGCCCAACGGCCGUCAGCAACCGUCGCAGAGUUUUGGUGGAAUUCUCGCACGCACGAUCUGACCAAGAUAAGGAAUGCCUGGCUGGUGUGAGUAAAGUGCGGCUCUCCGGAUUGAGACGGAGCGCAGGAUUAUGUUGGUUGUGACGGUCGCAGCAGUGCUGGUCUAUUUCUCAGUGCAAAAAGACGGAGCCUCAGCGGCCCCUGGGAAGGCAUGUUGGCUCGGAAACCCGUCAGGUGUGGAUAAUGGGAGCUGUGUGGCUCCAGAGCCCUAUCUGAUCUUCGGCCAUGGUAAGGCUAUAUACCGGAUGGACCUUGAUGGAGGGAAUCAAAAAAGGGUUGUGACCGGUGUUGGAAACUCUAUCCUACUGGACUUCCACUACACGGAAGGGAGAGUUUACUGGGCCGAUAAAAAGACAGGGGUCAUCUACAAAGCAGCGAUGGAUGGAACACAGAGACAGAAGCUGCACUCGUCUGAGAAAGGGAUCUCAGGCCUUGCGGUCGACUGGGUUCACAAUUUUGUCAUUUGGACCAGUGGAGAAGUGGGAAGUAUCAAAAGAGUGGAUACAGAUGGGAGAAAUGAGAGGACUCUUCUAAGACAUUUAUCGCAGCCAAUCUCCAUAGCAGUUGCACCAAAUGACAGAUUUAUAUUCUGGCUGUCUGAUGGAAUCACACCCAGUAUUCAGAGGUCGGAUGUCGCGGGAGAGAUGAUUACUACAGUGCUGAAGAUUCCGGAGAGACUGGGAGGGCUGUCGGUCGACCGGACGGACAAGAGACUGUUCUGGGUCCAGUUCAGUCUGGAGGGAGAAAGUGCCAUUGGGUCGUGUGACUACAACGGGAAUGUUGUCAAUGUCAUUGACCAGCCACUACUGUCUCAGUCUUUGGGGAUGUCUGUGUUCCUGGAGCAAGUCUUCUACACUGAUAUGAGUUCACGGACCAUACGGCAAGUCAAUAAGUACUCAGGGGUUGAGGCAGAAAACAUCAACCUAAAGCGAAUGACACACCCCCCUACUGCUGUCAAGGUGGUACAUCCCCUCAACCAGCCGAUUGAAGACUCCAUGCCUGUCUUUCCAGUGUGUGAUGGUCGUACAGGAGUGUGUGUGAAUGUGUGCUCCAACCCAGCUGAGCAGGGGAUCUGCCAGUGCACUAAAGGCUUUGCCCUUAGCAAACAUGGGAACUACUGUGAAGAUGUCAAUGAGUGUGGCCUGUGGGACCACGGCUGUUCCCUGGGCUGUGAGAACAUUCCAGGCUCCUACUUCUGCACCUGCCCCAAGGGUUACGCUCUGCUUCCUGAUAGGAAAACCUGCCACGAGACCUCACCAUGUCUGGCCAAUAUGACUCAGUGCGAUAAUGGAUGUCUUGCUACUGGUGAGGGGACCAUCUGUGUGUGUCCAGAGGGGUCCCUACUACAGCCGGAUGGACAGACCUGCAGAGGCUGCACCUCUUCCGACCGAGGGGGCUGUAGUCAGCAAUGUUCCCCCAUCACUCCUGGUAGGUGGGAGUGUGACUGUCUGCCUGGGUACAAGCUCCACCAAGACGGUAAACGCUGCACAGCCACUGGACCCCCACCUUAUCUGCUGUUUGCCAACAUAGUAAACAUCAGACGUGUUAAUCUGGAUGGGACUGGUGACCAAAGCCUUGUGGAGGAGCCGAGCGGAACAGUAAUAGCUCUGGACUAUGAUCCCGUACAAAACAAAGUGUACUUUGCCAGUACAGUACUGAAGCAGAUUGAGCGUGCUGAUUUGGACGGCGGGUCCAGGGAGGUUUUGCUCACUGAGGAGUUGGACUCACCUGAGGGCCUGGCUGUGGACUGGGUCAACCGCAAGCUCUACUGGACUGACCGAGGCCUCUCAACUAUUGACCGCAGCACUUUGGAUGGCUUCGACAGGGAGACCAUUAUUAGCAAAGGCAUACAGAAACCAAGGGGAAUUGCAGUUCAUCCUUUAGCCAAGAAGUUGUUCUGGACCGAUAUGGGUACCAGGCCUGUGUUGGAGAGUGCGUCUUUGGAAGGAAGUGAUCGUGCGGUCAUCGCAAGUGCCGACUUGGUGUCCCCUAGUGGUCUGACCAUUGACUUCACUGAAGACAGACUGUACUGGUGUGACAGCAAGAGGGGCGUACUGGAGACGGCAUCCCUGGAUGGCUCCAACCGACAAGUCUUGACAGAGAACGAAGUAGGUCAACCUUUUGACCUGGCAGUGUUUGAGGACAGGUUGUGGAUCACGGACAGGGAGCAGCAGCUGCUCCUGAGCAUUGACAAAUGGACAGGGAUGGACCCAGAGCGUCUCCAUGGCAACAUGGUCCAACCAGCAUCUAUAGUUGUGGUUCACCCCCUCGCCAAGCCAGGAGCAAAUGUUUGUCUCUAUCGAAAUGGGGGCUGUGCUCAGGUGUGCGAGAGCAGGCUAGGAUUCGCCCACUGCUCCUGUCACUCACACAUUGCCCAAUCAGCUGAUGGCAAAGGCUGCUUGCCAUCCUACAGAUCAACAGAUUCUGGAGAUGGUGAGUCUGCAGACCCGUUCUCUCUGAAAAACAAAACUUUGAACGAUGAGAGCAUGCCUCUCCCUGUGCCUGGUCUCUCUACUGACGGGGAGGAGGCAGAGGACAACAUGGACGAAGGGAGUGAGCCCACACUCUUCAUUGAGAAGAUGGUGUCAGACCAGGAUGACUGUUUCUCUCUCCGCUGUGAUGUGAAUGCGCAAUGUCUACUGGAUGGAGGCAACCCCACCUGCCACUGCCUGGAAGGUUUCACUGGGGAUGGAGAGCUGUGUGUGGACCUUGAUGAGUGCAUGUUGGGGAUGGCCCUGUGUAGUAUCCAGAGCUCAGUGUGUGUCAACACUGCUGGUGGAUAUUACUGCCAGUGUCGCCCUGGCUUCAGUGGAGAGGAGCACCACUGUACCGAUUUUGACGAGUGUAAAAUGGGAACACACAAAUGUGAUGAGCGAGCGGAAUGCAUCAAUACUAUAGGGAAGUACCGCUGCAAGUGUCAAGCUGGCUACAGUGGUAAUGGACACACAUGCCAAGAGUUGUCAACUACGUCCUCGUGGGUGACCACCAGUAGGCCUAUGGACGUCACCAGCCAAUGGCUGAACACUAACACAGUGGAGAGCUGCCCCUCAUCUCAUGACACUUACUGUCUCUAUGAGGGAGUUUGCUUUUACUUCCCAGAGAUGGAGUCCUAUGCCUGCAAGCAAGUACCCCUAUUCCCCUCCUUCUGUAUCUCGGGCUACAUGGGAGAGCGCUGUCAGUUCAGUGAUCUGGAGUGGUGGGAGCUGCAGCAGGCCGAACAAGAGAAGAGAAGGAACGUGGCCAUCGCCCUGGGCAUGGUUGUCCUCAUCACCCUGCUCUCCAUUGCUGCCUGCGUCACCUACUGCUACGGGUCCAGGAGAUUCGUUCGGAAACACCCCUCGGUGGAUGACAUGAGCGACACAAGCACCAGUGAUGACACCAUGUCAGAGACCACCGUCCCCAAGACGCCACGGUUCUAUGUUGUUUUGGAACACGGUGGCGAUGGAAAGGUCAUUCACGUCAUGGGCUGUCCAAGAAGAGCUGUUUGUCCCUCUUGCUCCUCCGAAACAGGUGAAAGCUUUGUGUCAGAGGAGGCAGUGGCUAUUCCCAAACUCAAUAAAGGGUAUGAGUGCUCUUUUGGAUUGGCUACCAUGGAGACGAACAAGACGGGCGCCAACCACCUCAAGUCCAUCGACAACCUCAUUUUCCUGGAUGACCCUCAGCCUGCCUCUGCCAUCCCUCAGCUCACCUGAGGUCAUGCCCACUCAUAUACCCUUAUGAAAUUAACCCACCCCCAAAUGAGAAACCAAAAACACACACUGGGACCUGGAGAUUGCUAGCCUGGAAUCCACACUGAAUAUCGUCCUAGUAGACGGUCCAACUGCCCAUCUAUUGGAGCUUCUCCAGACUGAGUUCAGGAAACAAUAGUGAAACAAAGUGAUAUUCAGUGUUGAUUCCAGGCUAGAAGAACCCUUAGGUUGCUUAAGACUCUGUCUUUCCUUGAUGUUUAUAGCCCUGUUUUCUCUAGGGAGUGGGUGUAUUGCCUGCUUCUCUGGAUGCCUCUUCCCGAUAGCUAAACAACAGCACCUUCUGUGCAUGUGAGACACUCCCAGAACACCUACACGCGCAGAAAGUUUGAAUGCCCAGUGGUGGAAGGCUAUUUCAUUGAUGCGCUGUCUAUCGAAUCGUGCAGUAUUGCAUGAUCACUGAGAAGCGAAAUAACAGCUGUAUCUUAUUUAUGGUUCAAAUGCCGUUGCUUCGCCCCAGUGCACUGUGAAGACAGGUCUAAGCUACAUGGUACAUGUUAAGUUGUCAUGCAGGCUAAAUGCGUUUGGUUUCACCCCACAUUUAGGAUACGAAUAUUGUCUGUGUCCUCCUUAUGUUUAUGGAACUGCAAAAUGCUUAGUUAGAACAGACAGAGAAUUUUGUAGGCACACGUUGAUCACGUCAACACGUGUGUGUGUGUGUGUGUGUGGAGGGGGGGGGGUGUUCAAAUCACCACAGGGUUUUUAUUUCAGCUGUUCAGAACUAAAGUAAAGUUACACAUGCACAAAAGGUAAUACGGUUGUUUAGCUCUGGCAAAGAGGCGUCCUGGGGGGACGAGACUGGGGCUGAACAGGUGGUCCAGUCUGG